CAGCCCCGAUUUCAAGAUAUAUAUAUCUACACACCCAGCAAGUCCAUACAUGAUUAGCUAAACCCUGAGAUGGCGCCAUUGAAGUCUCUGGAGCAGCAGUAUCCCAUAAUCGACUCCAAUUUUCAGCAGUUUUGUGCUUCUCAUGGCAUUUUCUCAGUGGAAGACUUGCUCAUUCAUGACCUAUAUGUAUUAGUUGCUUUAGCAGAGCAAUAUCCUACUUCAGAGAGAUUGAAGCAGGGCAUUACCCAGGCCCUCUCUAUUAUAGAUGGUCGGCAUCAACCGUGGUUGAAUGGUACGGAGUUGUUGGAAGAUGCUCAACAGAAUAAACACAUCCUAUCUACUGGAUGUGAAAGGAUUGAUAUGCUUCUUCAUGGCGGGUUACGUGAGGGGCAUCUAACAGAACUGGUUGGUCCGUCGUCAUCUUAUAAAACACAGGUUUGCCUACAAGCUGCCUCAAAUGUUGCGAAAAUGGGGGAAGUUGUAUUCUUAGACACAGGCAACUCCUUUUCACCUAAACGCAUUGCCCAGUUUCUCACAUUAGAUCCUGCUGACAAAGAGGGCAACCACACUAUUCUUCAAAAAGUUUUGAAGAACAUAGUAUGUUACUCUGUAUAUGACAUUUUCACGCUGUUGGACGUGUCACAUCAGCUGAAGUCCAAUUUGACAUCUCAGACAGGUGGUCAGGUGCGGCUGCUUAUUGUUGAUUCGAUUUCAUCACUUAUCACCCCAGUUCUUGGAGGCAGUGGUUCACAUGGCCGUGCUUUGAUGAUUUCUGCUGGAUCAUUUCUAAAGAAGUUGGCACACGAGCAUAACCUUGCUGUGCUGGUGACCAAUCAUAUGGUGAGUGGAGAGGGAGGUAUUCACAAGCCAGCGCUUGGAGAGAGUUGGAAGACCAUCCCGCAUGUGCGGCUUCAGCUGUCCCGUGAACACGGAACCAACGUUUGCAACAUGUGCAUACUUAGACACCCAAACAUGGCUUCUGGUAAGGCAGUGAAGUUUAUAAUUUCAUGAGUGGUCCAUCCGAAAUUGUACUGGGAUUUGUAAAGGAAUCAAGAGGCGAAAUCGUGUAAAAAUACAGUAGCUGUAAUGAAAUAUAUCUUAGAAUAAGUUCAAAGGGCAUUUACUUGUAAGGUUUUUUUUUUUUUUUUUUGGGUUGAUAAUUUCGUUUUAUUUUAUUUGGUUUCUAUCUCUACUUCAUUUUCAGAUCUUUGUAUUUUUUCAGGAAGGGCAAUGCUAGGGAUAUCAAAUUUUUUACCAAAUAAAUGACUGAAUAUCUCACAUGGGUGUGGGGUUUGUAAUUUUGUGAAUCCCACAUGUGAGACAUUUGAUUAUUUAUUUGGUAAAAAAUUUGGGAUCUAUAGCAUUUUUCUUAUAGUAAUUGAACAUGUAAGUGAGAAUUGGAGAUUAUAAUGAGUGUUUUAGCAAAUCGAAUUUUGUUGACAAGGAAA